AUUUUGCAGAGACAUUCAUUUCGACAAUGUCUACAUAACUACUUACUUCAGACAGAUUGAUGCUCGAAGAAAAAGAGCUGUAAGUUAUAAUCUUAAAAGUACACGUGACAUUCAUAUCCGUGUUUGCACUAAUCUGAGCUUCUGUUUCAGGGAAAGAGGCAUUUGCUACCACUGAAGAAAGCAGAGCAAGAGAGAUUGAUCAACCCAUGGAGCUUAUUUAUCCACUCCAGCGAGCUCAUGCCUGUGAUUGUGGGCUUCCUGCAAGUCGCAUCUCUGGCUCUGUUUGUGUGUGUUCUGCUGGCUGUGGAUGGAAUCCUGUACAACAUAUUUGACCUCAUCCGAAGACACACUUUCACCACUUACUCUGUUACUAGUGUUCAACAUGCAGACAUUGUAAUUGGUGGAGAUUCCAUGUUAGCCAGACUUCUGCGGAAAACCAUUGGGGCCUUCAACACCUCCUCCAAUCUUGAUGUGCAAUCAAGUAACUUGCAUUGUUUGCCCCAGCCACAUGCUCUGAGCCAGUCAAACUACUUGUGGAUCUUCCUCCCCCUUUUACUGAUGUGCCUCAUGUGCUGCCUGCAGGUAUACACCAAUCGCCUGCGCCGGGUCAUCAGCACCUUCUACUUCCCAAAGAGAGAAAAGAAACGGAUCCUCUUCCUCUACAACCUACAGAUCCAGAAACGGAUCUCCUUCAUCAACAGACAGCGUCAUCGGCUGAGAAAUCAAAAACAGACUUUUAUAACGGUGCUGUCGGUUCUGUUGGCUCUUCUGAGGCGUGUGGGCUGUAGGUUGCACUGGUGCUGGGUGUGUGAUAGGUUUGUGAAGCAGAAGGACGCUGUGCUGUGCAGUUCUGUAGGCUGCCCAGUGAUCUAUUGCCAGCAAUGCUGGACAGACCUGGGCAACAUCUGCUACGCCUGCUUCCCUCAUAACCGGUGUGGACCACAAGAUCACGGCUAUGAUUCUGAUGUGUACUACGGCUGCUGAUGAACAUCACUCCACCUUUAAAGUUCAGCUACAAGUCUCAAACUGCAUUAAUGGCUGAUAAAACUUUUUUGAUUUCAACACGUCUUCUAUGGACAAUUAAAGUGGGUCUGCUAAAGUGUAAACAAUUGGAAUUGGUUAAAUCAAGUUUUAUGUAAGCAAGUUUUUUUACCCCAAAAUGACUUUCAUGGUGUCCCCUGCCCUACUCUAUGUCUGAAACACUAUACUGGUCAUUUAUAUAGAUUAGUGGAAACCAUAAGAAAAGCAGCACACUUGACUAUAUACAAAAUAAAAAAACUAAUUCUACCUAGAAUUUUGAGUGCACGUCCAACAGAU